AUGUUAGCCACACACCACAACCAUCCCGCGCCAUGGAAGCUGGCCUUUCGCUCCUCUAAGACCUUUGUGACUUGGGUGGUGGCCAUUGCUUGUUUCACGGACGUUUUCAUCUACGGCAUGAUCGUUCCCAUCUUACCGAUUGUCUUGAAAACACGGGUCUCUGUACCCGAGGAAGACUUACAGCAAUGGAUGUCGAUCAUGCUUGCUGCCUUUGGAGGGGGUAUAUUCUUCGGGUCUCGUGAGUCCGCCACAUUGAAGCCUACAGCCAUCUUCGGGUACUUCGCGGACAGAAGCUCGUCGCGCCAGCUUCCUUUCAUGAUCGGCUUGCUGGCCCUCGGCGGGACGACCGUGGUGUUCUGGUUCGCCAGGACGGUGGCGUCGCUGGUGAUUGCGCGGGCUCUGCAGGGUCUAUCUGCUGCGGUGGUGUGGACUGUCGGCAUGGCGCUUGUUGUGGACACCGUUGGGAAGGACCAGGUUGGGGCUGCUAUGGGUUAUGUCUCGAUGGCGUUGACUGUGGGCACGGUAUUUGGUCCGUUUAUCGGGGGAAUUAUGCUCUCGCGAGUAGGGUAUCACUCGGUGUUCUUGCUGGCAAUCGCGUUGAUCGUUGUGGAUAUCAGUCUUCGUCUGGUGAUGGUUGAGCAGAAGACGGCCGCGAAGUGGCUUCCGAUUAAGACGGAAGAGUCCAGUGGACUGCUGGAUAGUCCUGCUGGCGCUGGUUGUGUUGGAUACAGCACCCUUGGCGAUCAAGACAGCGCUAGCUCACUGUGUCCCCCUGAUGAUGUCCUCAUCGAGUCUCCGGGCAAGGAACGUGGUGAGCCCGACUCGAGUGGGAAAGCAACGUCUGUCCCGGGCAUUGUUCGCCUUAUAUGCUCAGGCAAAUUGAUGGUCGUCCUGGUGGCAACUGUCGUUGAUGCCAUUUUAUACUCCUCUUUUGACACGGUACUCCCACUCUACGUCAUGAAGACAUUCGACUGGGGCCCCAUGGGAAUCGGCUUGUGUUUUCUGCCCUUGUUCGCCCCGUCAUUCGCAUCUCCAUGGAUCGGCGACGCCGUCGACCGUCUCGGAGCUUUGCAGAUCGCCUUCAUCGGUUUCCUCCUCGAUUGCCCCACCUUCCUCCUCUUUCAGCUCGUCACAGAGAACACAAUCCAGCAUCAGGCUCUGUUGGUAGUGUUUCUCUUAUUGGCUGGAGCCGCAUCAACCCUGCAGAUGGUCUCCCUGAUGGUGGAGGUGGGUCGGGUCACGGAGCGAUAUGAGCGGGAGUAUCCGGGCAUCUUCGGCCACCAGGGAGGAACCGCGCAGGCAUACGGGCUAUUCAACGUUGCCUGGUCUGGUGGUCAGGUACUCGGGCCUUUGAUGGCGGGUCUGCUGGUCGACCAGGCUGGGUGGGCGACCAUGGUGUCGACGUUUGGGGUGAUGAGCGGAGGGAUUGCGGUUAUGAUUGCGCUGUCGGAUCGGAAGGUGAGAGGAGGGCUGUGGGAAGAAACUAGGGGUUGA